GAAAUAAUAAUUGCUCAGGAUGGCAUCUGAUGGAACCAGCGUUUUGCUUUCUUCUGAAGCCGAAGCUUACGUAGAAUCACUGGAAGUUAUUCCAAUUAAAGACAUCGGUAGUCCAAAAUGGAUGAAACAGCAUGAGUAUCUGGAGAAGCUCAACAUCCAAGCAGUUUUACAUGCUUCGGCAAAUGAGGAUGAAUACAUUAAGGAGUUACUCAUUCAACAUCAGAAGAUUCCUGUGAUUAUCACUGAUCUCAUCUGCACUGAAGUCUGGCAACAGAAAGUCUUCUCCAUCAUCAAGAGGAUGAACUUUGAACCCCGUACCACCAUCCCACUGUACAUGAGUCUGUACCAUGAGGCUACGCUGGUCAACCUACUAGAGACGAUACUCUAUCAUAAGGAGCCAUGUGAAGCAGCUGAAGACUGCAUUCUUGAUAUCAUCGAUUACUGCUACAGGAAAAUUACCUACCUCAUUGCAAGACAAGAAUCAGAGGAGGAUGAAGAUGAUAAUGAAGAUGCCACGCCCAAGACUGCAUCUGACAUCCAAGAAGCAGGUGGAAUGGAGGAGCUGAAGAAACAAGAGAAGCAGAUACAGUUUGAUGUCAGCAUCAAGGCCGUGUCGAUCUUGAGGUUUAUCACUGAUCAUAUAGCUGAUCUAUCACUGAGUGUGACGAGUAGAAUUCUCAACACCAAUGACUUCCCUUGCUUAAUGGUGCAGCUUGUAGAAAACCCACCAUGGACUAAAUACAAAAAUGGAAAGCUCAAGAAAUUGGUUGACGGUAAAUGGCUUGAUGUGCCGUCCAGUGAGAGGAUGAGACUAACCAAGAUGGAGGGCCAGGUGUGGAUAGCUCUCUUCAAUCUACUCCUCGGUCCAAAGUGUCAGGAGAAGUAUGAGUUCAACAGCCACAAUAAAGCUCAGAUUCUCAAGCUGAGGGCACAUCUCUCUGAAGUGGUCCUUGACCAGAUCCCGAGUCUGUGUGAUCUCCAGCGUUACCUGAGCCACUUAGCAAUGAUGGAUCCACCUGCCACAUCCUCCGGUCUUGUCUUGGAACAGGUGCCUGAAGUUCGAGACAACAUUCUGAGAGUCAACGAGGGGAAAUGGGGCGCCAUCGCUAAACACCAAGUCAAAACUGUCUUCAAUCCCUCUGCAGCACUUAUGAAGGAACAAGCAAGAAGGUUUGCAGAGACGUACAGCUUAGAUGUUCUAGAGAAUUUGAUAGCUGAGCCCCCAAAGUGUGCAGUGUGUGGGGAACCAGCCACUAAGCGGUGUUCACGCUGUCAGAAUGAAUGGUACUGCCGAAGAGAAUGUCAGGUGAAGAAUUGGGGCAAACAUAAACAAGCUUGUUCACUAAUCACGGAGACCCAACAAGCAAUCAGUGGGAAGACGUAGCAGGAUGUCUCCCAGGAUCAUCUGAGAAUCCGUACAAUGUGAUAAACUGCAGGCAAAGAAUGAUGUAAUGUGGUUUAUGGUAGGCAAAGAGAGUCUGUCCAAAUUCACCAAAUGCCAGAACUGACGCACUUAGCGGUGUUAAUUUUUAGAGAUUAAUUUUUUUCUUCAAAAUACAUCUGUGCCCAAAAGAACUGACCACUUGAACUGUUUGGUGAGGGCUACCAAGAAGGAUGACUCGAGUUCAUCUGAGAGCAAACAAGUUUAAUAUAUCCAUAUAAAGAAAAAUGUAAGUAAAUAGAUCAAGAAUUUGGGAGGGUAGUCAUCCAAACUAGCUCAGAAGCUGGAAUUCGAAGGACGCGGCUACAAAGCCACAAGCAUACCAAGGGCACUUGCUGUAUACAAUGUACUGCCAAACACACAGGGGUAGGUUUUAGUUUAAUCAGAUGACAUUAUGCACAUAGGAUUACCCUGGCCAAAUGAAACGAUAAGGCAGUGAGUGUUUUGAACCUUUUAAUAGUUAUAAGCUAGG